AUGGAUGACAGAUGCUACCCAGUGAUCUUCCCAGACGCACGGAAUUUCCGCCCCUUCACUGCUGAUUCUCUGGCUGCAAUUGAGAAGCGGAUCUCCAUCCAAAAGGAGAAAAAGAAGUCUAAAGAGCAGACAGUGGAAGAACCCCAGCCUCGGCCUCAGCUUGACCUGAAGGCCUCCAGGAAGUUGCCCAAGCUCUAUGGAGACAUUCCCUGUGAGCUGAUAGCAAAGCCCCUGGAAGACUUGGACCCAUUCUACAGAAAUCAUAAGACAUUUAUGGUGUUGAAUAAAAAGAGAACAAUCUACCGCUUCAGUGCCAAGCGUGCCUUGUUUAUUUUUGGGCCCUUCAAUUCAGUCAGAAGUUUGGCCAUUAGAAUCUCAGUUCAUUCCUUGUUCAGCAUGUUCAUCAUCUGCACCGUUAUCAUCAACUGUGUGUACAUUGCUAGAGGGCGUGGUAAGGACAACCCCAGCACAGAUACUGACAGUUCCGAGUAUGUCUUCACUGGGAUUUAUAUUUUUGAAGCUUUGAUAAAAAUAUUGGCAAGAGGUUUUAUCCUGGAUGAGUUUUCUUUCCUUCGAGAUCCAUGGAACUGGCUGGACUCUAUUGUCAUUGGAACAGCGAUUGUGUCCUAUCUUCCAAAAGUCAACAUCAAUCUGCUGUCCUUGAGAACCUUCCGAGUGUUCAGAGCUUUGAAAGCAAUCUCAGUAGUUUCAGGUCUGAAGGUCAUUGUCGGAGCCCUGCUGCGCUCUGUGAAGAAGCUUGUCAACGUGAUGAUCCUGACCCUCUUUUGCCUCAGCAUCUUUGCCCUGAUAGGUCAGCAACUCUUCAUGGGGAGUCUGAACCAGAAAUGUAUCAGGAAAGACUGUGAAAAUAUCAGCAAUAUUGAAGCUCAUGACAGUUGCUUUGAAAAGAAAGGAAAUUCCACUGAAUUCAAAAUGUGUGGCCCCUGGAUGGGUAUCAGAGCCUGUUCCAGCGAAUUUAAAUGCAACCACACCACAAUUAAUCCUGACUAUGGUUACACGAAUUUUGACAACUUUGGCUGGUCUUUUCUUGCCAUGUUCCGGCUUAUGACCCAAGAUUCCUGGGAGAAACUUUAUCAACAGACCCUGCUCACUGCUGGGCUCUACUCAGUCUUCUUCUUCAUACUGGUCAUCUUCCUGGGCUCUUUCUAUCUGAUUAACUUAACCCUGGCUGUCGUCACCAUGGCUUAUGAGGAACAGAACAAGAAUGUAGCUGCAGAAACAGAGGCCAAGGAAAAGAUGUUUCAGGAAGCCCAGCAGCUAUUAAAGGAGGAGAAAGAGGCUCUGGUUGCCAUGGGAAUUGACAGAAGUUCACUUACUUCUCUUGAAGCAUCAUCUUUUUCCCCAAAAAAGAGAAAGCUCUUUGGAAAUAAGAAAAGAACAUCUUUCUUUUUGAGAGAGUCUGGGAAAGACCAGGCUCCAGGAUCAGAUUCUGAAGAAGAUUCAAAAAAAAAGCCACAUCUCCUUGAGCAAACUAAACGACUGUCCCAGAAUCUGUCAAUGGAUCACUUUGAUGAGCACAGAGAUCCCUUCCAAAGGCAGAGGGCACUGAGUGCUGUCAGCAUCCUCACCAUCACCAUGCAGGAACAAGAAAAAUCACAGGAGCCUUGUCUCCCUUGUGGGGAAAAGCUGUUAUCCAAGUAUCUCGUGUGGGACUGUAGCCCCCAGUGGCUAUGCAUUAAGAAGGUCCUGAGAACCGUGAUGACCGACCCCUUUAUUGAGCUGGCCAUCACCAUCUGCAUCAUAAUCAACACUAUCUUCUUGGCCAUGGAGCAUCACAGAAUGCAACCCUUUUUUGAAACUAUGUUGAAUACAGGGAAUUUGGUUUUCACUGGCAUUUUUAUAGCAGAGAUGUGCCUAAAAAUCAUUGCACUUGAUCCCUACCACUACUUUCGCCGAGGCUGGAACAUUUUUGACAGCAUUGUUGCUCUUCUGAGCUUUGCAGAUGUACUGUACAGUAUAUUUGAAAAAAAAAGCUGGCCAUUCUUGCGUUCCUUCAGAGUGCUGAGGGUCUUCAAGUUAGCCAAAUCCUGGCCAACUUUAAACACGCUAAUUAAGAUAAUCGGCCAUUCCGUUGGAGCCCUUGGAAACUUGACUGUGGUCCUGGCCAUUGUGGUCUUUAUAUUCUCAGUAGUCGGCAUGCAGCUUUUUGGUGCUCAAUUCAGUUCCCAAAAGAGUAACAAAUCCUGUGACCCUACAUCCUCAUGUUUACGACGCUGGCACAUGGGGGAUUUCUAUCACUCCUUCCUAGUGGUAUUUCGCAUCCUCUGUGGAGAAUGGAUCGAAAACAUGUGGGAAUGUAUGCAGGAAGCAAAUGCACCAUUGUGUGUUAUUGUCUUUGUGUUGAUCAUGGUGAUAGGAAAACUUGUGGUGCUCAACCUCUUCAUUGCUUUACUGCUCAAUUCCUUUAGUAACGAGGAGAGAGAUGGAAACUUAGAAGGAGAGGCCAGGAAAACUAAAGUCCAGUUAGCCCUGAAUAGGUUCCACCGGGCUUUCUGUUUUGUGAUGCAUACUGUUGAGCAUUUCUUUCGCAAGCGGUGCAGGAGACAAACAUUACCAAAGCAAAAAGAGGUAACAGGAGGACCUACUGCAGAAAGUAAAGACAUGAUUCCCCUGGUCACAGAGAUGAAAAGGGGCCCAGAGAUCCAGGAAGAGUUUGGUGGAUUAACCUCUGCACCAAAGACACUGGGCAUUGGGCACGAUCGAACUUGGUUGGCCCCACUUGCAGAGGAAGAAGAUGAUGUGGAAUUUCCUGGUGAAGAUAAUGUACAACCAAUCACAAAAUCUGAGGCUAAAAUACAGGCCUGUGAACUUCAUCAGGAGACCAAAAAAUCCACCAGCCCAGGAGUUCAAAGUGUGGAAAUUGAUAUGUUCUCUGAAGAUGAUGCUUAUCUGACUGUACAGAAUUCCCGAAAGAAGUCUGAUGCUACCAGUAUGCUAUCAGAAUGUAGCACCAUUGAUCUUCAGGAUACCUGUGGACAGUUACCUGAGAUGCUUCCCAAAAAGGAACCAGAGAGAUGUUUACCCAAAGGCCUGGGAUGCUGCUUCCCAUGCUGCAGCAUGGACAAGAGAAAGUCCCCCUGGGUCAUUUGGUGGAACCUGCGGAAAACCUGCCACAAAAUAGUGAAACACAGCUGGUUUGAGAGCUUUAUUAUCUUUGUGAUUCUGCUGAGCAGUGGGGCACUGGUAUUUGAAGAUAUUUACCUUCAUCAACAACCCAAAAUCCAAGCAUUACUAAAUUGUACUGACAUUAUUUUCACAUAUAUUUUCAUCCUGGAGAUGGGUCUGAAAUGGGUGGCCUUUGGAUUUGGAAAGUAUUUCACCAGUGCCUGGUGCUGGCUCGAUUUCAUCAUUGUGAUUGUCUCUGUGACCAGCCUCAUUGACUUAAAGAGCUUGAAGUCCUUCCGGACCCUACGAGCACUGAGGCCUCUUCGUGCGCUGUCUCAGUUUGAAGGAAUGAAGGUGGUGGUCAAUGCUCUCAUAGGUGCCAUUCCUGCCAUUCUGAAUGUUUUGCUUGUCUGCCUCAUUUUCUGGCUCAUAUUUUGUAUCCUGGGAGUAAACUUCUUUUCUGGAAAAUUUGGAAGAUGCAUUAAUGGAACAGACUUAGUUAUAAAUUACAGCAUUAUUGCAAACCGAAACCAAUGUGAAAGUAACAAUUUAUACUGGGACAAUCCGAAAGUCAACUUUGACAAUGUGGGGAAGGCUUACCUCGCUCUACUCCAAGUGGCAACAUUUAAGGGCUGGAUGGAUAUUAUGUAUGCAGCUGUUGAUUCCAGAGGGAAAGAACAACAGCCAGCGUUUGAGAAUAAUUCUAUCAUGUACCUUUACUUCGUAGUUUUUAUCAUCUUUGGCUCAUUCUUUACUCUGAAUCUCUUUAUUGGUGUUAUUAUUGACAACUUCAACCAGCAGCAGAAAAAGAUAA